CUACCUUGUUAGAUGAAAGAGAUCGGAGAACGCAAAACUGCAAGCUGCGGUGCCGGAAAGGGUUUUACCAGAAACACAAACCCUAACUCGGACUUUGCUUUCAGUCCUCCACUAUAUUCAAGCAGAGGUGGUGAGUCAUCUUCGUAAAUUUUGUAUUUCUUUUCCUCUACACUUUUCUAAUGUUCUCUCAUCAUCAUAAUUUUUUAUCGAACUCAAUCCCUUGAAGCUAUCAUGGAACCCAAUCUCUGCCUUUCUUCCCCAAAAGCUUUAGCAUGUACUCAUUCUCCCAUCUUUCUCCCAUACAAGGCCCCUUUCCUUGAAAAUUCGGGACUUUCUGUGAAGUCCCAUCUCUCCUUCCCAUCAAAACAAGCGGAGAGGACACAAUUUUUUGGCCAAGGUUUGAUUUUACGAGAGAAAAACGCUGCUUUGGUUAGUUCGAGAAAGGCCCAUGUCCCAUUUCACCCAAUAAGAGCUUUUGUGAAGAGAAGAAAAGAGCUUCCCUUUGAUAAUGUUAUCCAAAGAGACAAAAAGCUCAAACUGGUUUUGAGGAUAAGGCAUAUUUUGUUGAGUCAACCUGAUAGGAUAAUGUCGCUUCAGUACUUGGGUAGAUUCAGGCGGCAUCUUGGUAUUAAGAAAAAGCGAAGAUUCACUGCUUUAUUGAAGAAGUUCCCUGCGGUCUUCCAGAUUGUGGAAGAAGGGGCUUUUUCACUUAAAUUCAAAUUGACUCCGGAGGCUGAGAGACUCUACUUGGAGGAGUUGAAAGCUAGGAAUGAAAUGGAAGAUUUAGCAGUUGUCAAGUUGAGGAAAUUGCUGAUGAUGUCGGCAGAGAAGCGGAUUCUUUUAGAGAAGAUUGCUCAUUGGAGAACUGAUUUUGGGCUUCCAUUUGAAUUUCGCGAUACAAUCUGUCGAAGGUAUCCCCACUAUUUUAAGGUCGUACCAACUGCGCGAGGCAAUGCUCUAGAAUUAACUCAUUGGGAUCCCAGGCUUGCUGUUUCUGCAGCUGAGCUCUAUGAAGAAGAAAAGCGCGCGAGAGUGUUGGAAGAGAAGAAUCUAAUUAUAGAUAGACCCCUUAAAUUUAAUAGAAUUAAUUUACCAAAGGGUCUUAAUCUUCCUAAGGAUGAGAUGAAAAGGAUUUGUAGGUUUAGAGACACGCCUUACAUGUCGCCAUAUUCUGAUUUUUCUGGAUUGAGGUCUGGUACAAUGGAGAAAGAAAAGCAUGCUUGUGGGGUUGUUCAUGAGAUCUUGAGUCUCACUAUUGAGAAGAGAACACUUGUGGAUCACUUCACUCAUUUUCGAGAGGAGUUCAAAUUUUCGCAGCAGCUGAGGGGGAUGCUGAUAAGGCAUCCUGAUAUGUUCUAUGUGUCCUUGAAGGGGGAUAGGGAUUCAGUUUUCCUCAGGGAUGCAUAUCAUGAUUCUCAGCUGAUUGAGAAGGAUAGGCGGUUGCUCAUUAAGGAAAAAUUUCGUGCACUUGUUGAGUUUCCCAAGAGGAGUGCACAUAAAAGUGAUAUAGAUGGUGUAGAAGGAUCUGACAAUCCCGAAGGUGGAAGUGCUGGGGAGGAGGAAGAAGAAUGGUCUGAUGUGGAUACUUUAUUGAUUGAUGGACUGGAUGAAGAAGAAGAAUAUGAUGACGACGAUGACGAGGCUGACUAUGAGGAUGAUUGGAGUGAUGAAGAUGAUGAUAUGCCACCAGAUUUCUAUGGAGAUGAUAGAACCCCGAAGCUUGAAUCAGAUCAAAUGAUUAAACAGGCUAAACACUUAACUAAAAAUGAAGAGAAGGUGCUUGUUCCUGCAUUUCCUGAUGGUCGGAGAAGAGAACGGUGGUAAAUGAUAAAAAUGGCCCUUGUCUAGAGGAUAAAAAUGCUUUGGUAAAUUGAGUUACAAGGCCUUCUUAUGUGCCUUGGAGUACCAGUGCACUUUACUGCUCUCUGAGGUUCUUUAUCCCUUGAUAAAUGCAAGAUGCAAGAUCUGGUUCUUCAUUCUUGCAUGAGGUUCAGGAAAGUGCUCGAGGAAAGAAGCAGAGAUUGAUAAUAAAUAUUUUUUUCCUUUGUCUUUAUGCAAGAUAAUUAAAGGUUUUAGUUGCUCAUGAAAGCACUCAACAGAAACUAGCAUAGCUCAUCUCUACUGUGUAACAAUAUAUGACUUUUGUUAAUAUAAUUGAUUAAUAUCCUGUAAGAGCACUGAACAAGUAUCUCUGUGUGAAUGGCAUGUCAAUGUGAAGCUUUUCUUUUUCUUUAA